GUCACCACCACCCGUCGUCGCCGCCGCCGUCGCAUAUGGCAAUAAUAGUUCAUAUACCGGUAUAUGUGGACAUGAUAAUAUGGCUUGCACAACUUAGAUACGGACACCCAUGGAAUUACCAAAGACUGCAAGGGACUACAUUCUUUCGAAUGAGAGGUCCGGAUAACGCCGAGUGAAAAUAGUGCGGCAUUCGACAUGGAUCAUGAUCAUUCUAGAUCUCCAGUCUCGCCGUCGUUACCCCUUGAUUUUGACACAAAGCAACCGAAUAAUGAAGCCACAUCGCAUACAAACGAGGCGGCCGAGAAGGCGUUGGACGGAGAAGCGGAGAAGCGUUCCAACAACAAAACAACAAACGCAAAGCUGUUUUCGAAAAGCAAUCUGCGGCUAGUGCCAGCUGAGGCUGAACAUGCAGCAGAAGCUUUCAGUACAGCGAGCUUCCAACGUCCGUCGGGGACGGGUCUCUGUCCCGCAUCACCAAACGAUGUCCCGGAAGAGUCGGAUCGAAACCGCACUGGGGAUGCUUGUGACUGUGUGGAUCAAAAUACGACAGGUCAUGUUUGAAUGUAAAGACCCGAUUGAGAUCAGUCUUGGGGAAUUCGAGACCUACUGGCCUUAUAUCGAUAAUGUAUGGGUUAAGCAGCGAUCGAAUUCCAGCAAGGAAGGUCAUUGCACAACUGAUUAUUACAUGUGCCGCUUACGUCGCCCAACUCACCGCACAUCGGAGACCCGUCCCCUACCAGAAGGCAAGCGCCCGCGAAAGAAACGUACACGUGAGGGGGGUGUCUGCAAUUUCCAGAUCAAGGUUGUGCGUUUCGAAGGCGCAUAUUCGACCGUGACUAUUGCGCGAACCCCCGGGAGUAGCUGUGCUCACUCGCAUAGCCUUGACCAUAUUGACGGGGUGAAAAGAAACUCCGGCCUCAUGGAGUUCGCGCGGAAGGAGGCAGUGAAAGGCUUUUUACCAUCUUCGAUCUAUACGAAAUUUCAAGAAGAGCCAGAGAAGCUGGCGGAGGCGGGAGGGAAAUUCUGCACUGUUACGGAUGUUCGCAACGUCUCCGCAAAAUGGAGGAUACAAAAUCCCGAAGUAAAACUCGUACCGCACGAUGGCUAUGAAUAUCAGAAAGGCCACGGGAUUGUGAGGAUAGGAAGGACUAAUGGAAAUAGCGAAUCUGCCGGCGAACUAGGGCCGCUCAAACCGAGUCUUGACACGCCGCUGCCACCAGAUAUCCUGCAAUUCCCCCAGUUUUCACUAGAAUUUCUUGCACCUUAUCUUCCAAAGGAUGACGGGAAACGCUCAUUCCCCCACGUGACAUUAUCCUAUGCAUCUUCUAUGGAUUCUAAAAUAUCGCUGCUGCCCGGGAUGCAGACCGUGUUAUCGGGCCCAGAAGCAAAACUAAUGACCCAUUACCUCAGAUCACGGCAUGACGCUAUCCUGAUAGGGGUCGGAACUGUCCUUGCCGACAAUCCUGGACUAAACUGUAGACUGGAAGGCGCUGGUGGUUUUGGCGGUCUUGGGAGGAUGUGGCAGCCGCGGCCUGUGGUGAUUGAUCCAACCGGCCGAUGGCCAGUCCACCCUGAAAGCCGAAUACUACGGACGGCGGUUGAAGGGAAGGGAAAGGCCCCUUGGGUUGUCGUGUCGCCGGGUGCUCAAAUCCAUCCUCAAACGCUGAUGAUGCUCAAAGGAUACGGGGGCGACUUCCUCCGCAUCGUGGAAUUUAAUCAACAUUGGCGACUGCGCUGGGAAGCCAUCCUACGUUCUUUGGCCUCCGAGGGAAUCAAGAGCGUUAUGAUCGAAGGUGGCGGGACUGUUCUGAGCGAGCUGUUGAACCCCGAAUAUACCGAGUUCAUCGAUUCCAUCAUCGUUACCGUGGCUCCGACCUACUUGGGCAGCGGAGGGGUAGGAGUGAGUCCAGAUUCCAAGCGCGAUGGACAGGGAAAACCGAAUGCCGCCCUUAACCCACGGGAUGUGAAAUGGAUGCCUUUGGGGCAAAAUGUCAUAAUGUGUGGGAAAAUCAAGUCAAAUACAAUUGAUGGCGAUUUAUGACAACUUUCUACACUCGUACGCACAUGACGAGGGCGUUGGCGCGCGAAGGAUGCUUCAUGAUGAGAGUAUCGAGUUGAGCCAAAGAUCUCAUUGAACCUAAUUGGACCUUUGUUACGAAAUGUUUGGCUCCAAGAUUCAAUCAAAGAACCCAACUCAAUCGAC